AUGUCUUUCGUAAAUUUGCUAGGUUCUCUCAGACAUAAAGGUUUCCUCACGUUGUCUUCCGUCACCGUCUUGCCCAUGAAGAUACCAACAGUCAUCAUGGUUAGAAAUUACAAAAAGAGAAAAGAAAAUUCUGUGAAUGAAGACGAUGCUGAAAGAGCUGUAUUAUGUGUUGUCAACAAUGGCAUGAAGCUUAAAACUGCUGCUGCUAUAUAUAACAUAAAACCAACUACUUUAUACAACAGAGUUAAAAUUUUUAAAGAGAAAAUUACUCUAAAAAGUAAAGAUUAUAGUAGCAAACACACAGUUUAUCAAGUUUUUACAAAUGAUGAGGAAUAUAUGCUGGAAAAGUAUUUCUUAAGAAUGUCUAAAAUGAACUACGGCUUGACCUACGUGCAAGGGAGAGAGAGAAUUGGCAUACCAAUAUGC